AUGAACAUUAAAGAUUUGAAAUUUCGCAAACCUCAUGCACCGAUAUUCUUUAGCCGAGUUAAACAAUUUCGAUAGAAACAAAACAAACCCGUGAAUUUGGUGUACAAGGAGAUGAAGAAAAAGAACCUGUUUUGGUUUGUGGCCGGUUACGAAGAAUCGGUUUCGGAGAAAGUGAUGAAAUUCCGGUAGAAUUGCUUCGGUUCUGGAGAAGAGGAAGCUGGAAUCAACCGGAGAUGGAGAUUUCCGACGAACGGCGGAGGGAAUCGGAGGAGGAUGGAGGAUUGCAAUGACGGAGAAAUCGACCCGGCCCGUCUUAGGGUUCGCAGAAAUAGGUUUGGCAGCUUUUUCUGGUUUAUGACCUAUAAAUCGGCAAAUCUAUAUCGUGACGUCACCAACCCAAUUUUGCUAAAAUUUGUUUUCCGUUUUUUAACAUUUUGUUAUAUCAUCCCUUAAUUACUGAA